AUGGUCCAGCUUAAAUCAAACACGUCCACAUCCAAAGAUACAUCUUCCCCCUCUGACUCUUCUGCUUCGACCAAACCUGUUAUGCCAAAACUUGUAUCUGCCGAAACUGUCCUUGAAAAGCUCCAACGUCAGGACGGGGGCUUUUAUGUUGGUACACAGAAUCUCACUCCUCGAGUCGAAUAUUUUCAAGGAGGGUGUGAAGGUGAUGUUUUGAUACCAAAACACACAUCCGGUGUUGAUGAACUUACCCUGCGGGGAGUAUUCCAAAUAAGUCGUACGGACUUUUACUUCACCCCUGAUGGACAGUUUGAUCCUGCAAAUGUGUUCAAUGGAAGAUUCUCAGAUGUCAAAUUAUCAUGCCAUCUGACUGCAACUCGUCACAAAGACUUUGGCUUCUCCUUGGAUGAUUUUUCCACUAUUGUUGACAACUUGUGGGGGUUUGAGAAAUUGAUUCGACGAGAACGUGAUGCCGAAUCCUUAAGUACCAUUCAUACGGCCUUAGGUCUUGAUUCCAUCAAACUUGUUCACCAUUUAUUCACGCCAUUGAGAUCAACCGAGAGCUCAGAAGCUCAACUUGCUGGUGAUACUGAAGAUGAUGACACUUUGACCGACACCACUGCGGACCUUACAUCUGAUUUUGAUAUGGCGAACUGGCCAGUUGCAGAACGCUGCAAACCCCACCUCGCAAACCUGGUGGAAACACACACUAUCAAUCCUCUCCCAGCAUAUGGCCUUGACCGCAAACUCAUACCACCGGCCCAAUACGAGAAUAAAUUAUGUGGUGCCAUCGUUGAAGUUCAUUUCGCAUUUUUUCACCAUCACAUCAAAAAGUCCAAGCGUCACAUCUUCAAUGCUGUUCUUUGCGAUAUGAUUGUGUUGCGACCUCCAUCAAACAUGCCUUCCAGUCCACUGAAACAACGCAAACUUGGUGCUGGCCCUGCAUCUGACAUGCCUUUCAAAGGAAAGAAACAGGCUCAUAAAGGUAAAUUCUACUUUUCUCAACUGGAGCUGUGCAACGAUUCACCAUAA